UUAUUAUCUCCAUGGUUAUAUCGUUAUUUAAACACUUCGCCAUCUCUUCCUAACUUUUUAUCUUUCGAAACUUUGGCCUCCAUAGAUAGUGGCUUUUAUGGGAGCUCCGCCAAAGUUUUCUGAAUUUUAUGUUCAUGAAAUUUCAAGUCCGGUGUUAAUGACCAUGGAGAGAAUAACAAAGAGUGUCAUUCCUCUGCUCUUGCUGACCUGCCUGUCCUUGCUGACCUGCCUGUCCUAUGCAGGUAUAACACAUUUACUUGUUAUAACAACAUUUACAUUGAAAUCCUUCUAUUAGGUGGUUUUCUGAAGUCUUUUAUUAUACAUUUUUUUUAAAAAAUCCGUUAAAUACAUAGGCAUUACACCAGCCGAGUCGAUAUUAUUUUUGACGUGUCUUUGAAAAAUAUGCAUUUGAAUUAGUAAUGUUUUUAAUAAUAAAAUGUGUAUAUAAUUAAUAUAUUAUUUUGUACGUUUCAAUGCGUGACUUAGUUCAAUCAUUGUUCAGAAUUAAUACAAACACUUAUUAAGAACAUCCAAUAAUUUGAAACAGAUGUGUUAGAAAAUUAUUUAUAAAAUAUAAUAUAUAUGUUUAUUUCGUCCGUGGAAAUCGACAAUGACCAGUUUAGUCCUAGUAUUCGUGCUAGUUCUGAUCAUGGCUUUGGGUGCGCAGAUGGCUGACGAAAACAAUUCUGCUAGUAAAUGUUCGAGUGCGUGCGUGCAGGGGAUUAAUGGGACACAUCCAGGUGCUGGGUUAACCCGGAAUUUUCUGGUGUGUUUAAUGAGCUUUGCAUCCGAUGUUCUGUUGGCUUUAUGUUGUAUGGAUUCUUUCUUUAUAGAGGAAUGCCACGAUGGUAAUUCCUUUGACGAUUCAUCCCCUAUUGUGCGGGGUUUUUUUUUUUGUGUGUGAUGUUUUCAGUGAGGCGGUUAGCUUGUCUUUGCAGCGUUCUCUUGGGCAAACGACCGUCUGACAUUCUCAGAACAUGGGUUCUCUUGGGCAAACGACCGUCUGACAUUCUCAGAACAUGGGUUCUCUUGGGCAACCGACCGUCUGACAUUCUCACAACAUGGGUUCUCUUGGGCAAACGACCGUCUGACAUUCUCAGAACAUGGGUUCUCUUGGGCAAACGACCGUCUGACAUUCUCACAACAUGGGUUCUCUUGGGCAAACGACCGUCUGACAUUCUCACAACAUGGGUUCUCUUGGGCAAACCACCGUCUGACAUUCUCACAACAUGGGUUCUCUUGGGCAAACGACCGUCUGACAUUCUCAGAACAUGGGUUCUCUUGGGCAACCGACCGUCUGACAUUCUCACAACAUGGGUUCUCUUGGGCAAACGACCGUCUGACAUUCUCACAACAUGGGUUCUCUUGGGCAAACGACCGUCUGACAUUCUCACAACAUGGGUUCUCUUGGGCAAACGACCGUCUGACAUUCUCACAACAUGGGUUCUCUUGGGCAAACGACCGUCUGACAUUCUCACAACAUGGGUUCUCUUGGGCAAACGACCGUCUGACAUUCUCACAACAUGGGUUCUCUUGGGCAAACGACCGUCUGACAUUCUCACAACAUGGGUUCUCUUGGGCAAACGACCGUCUGACAUUCUCACAACAUGGGUUCUCUUAGGCAAACGACCGUCUGACAUUCUCACAACAUGGGUUCUCUUAGGCAAACGACCGUCUGACAUUCUCACAACAUGGGUUCUCUUGGGCAAACGACCGUCUGACAUUCUCACAACAUUGGUUCUCUUGGGCAAACGACCGUCUGACACUCUCACAACAUGGGUUCUCUUGGGCAAACGACCGUCUGACAUUCUCACAACAUGGGUUCUUUUGGGCAAACGACCGCCUGACAUUCUCACAACAUGGCACGCCCAGCGAAGCUGGGACUGCAUUAAAAGUGUAAAGUCGCUGGAGAGACCUGCCUGUGGAAAUACCACAGUGUCAUGUGCAGGAUUUUUCUGAGCCUUGUGGUAAGAAAAUGUUUCAACAUUCUUGAAGGGCGUUGACAGACCGUCCCCGUCUCACGGACAUAGAGAACAGUAGUGUGCACAGCCGUACUUGUAUACUUGCAUCUCAGUUUGAGUGCUGAUGUCUUGCCUGGUCCAAACAUUCUUAGAAAAUCUGCCAAAGGUUGCACUGACUCUUGCAAUACGAAGGUUAACUUCGUCAACGAUGGUUGCAUAGCACUGUGUACUUUGGGAAAGUGUGCCACCAUGUUAAGAGAUGCCAUUUACAGCUUUAAGCCUUUCGCCAUCCACUUGAACGUUAGGGACAACAUAGAAUUUUCAGAGGAGCUGGUAUAGGACCUUAAUCUUUUGUUCGUGUUGAAAACAUAAAGUUUGUUCAGGUAUAGGAGAAAUUAGUAAUACUGCGAUUAGGGCACAACCUUCGGCAUACGAUAACCCCUGAUGAUGUCUGUCAGGAACGUUGAUUUGGCAUGUAAUGUAUCGAAGUUUACUAGCUCACCAUCAGUUCGGUAUCUGAGACCGAUUCCAACGUGAAGACAUCGGUCAGCGUGGCGGUCAUCUUUAGGUUGAAAAAUGUUGAAGUCAUGACACAACUCUGUGUGACGUCAUGACACAACUCUGUUUGACGUCAUGACACAACUCUGUUUGACGUCAUGACACAACUCUGUUUGACGUCAUGACACAACUCUGUGUGACGUCAUGUGGCACAGUGAACUGUGUAGACGUCUCCCCAGUUUAAAGAAUACUCGCCCGCACGCAUCAUGUCAUUGCCGCACCAUUGCUAUGCACGUUCUGGUGCAUCCCUAUUUUGGCCAUGAUCUUCAAAGAUCCUCUCUACCAACACUGUCGAAAGCCUUGGUCAGGUCUACAUAGAUAAAGAAGUGGUCAACAUUUUGUUCCUUGAAGUUUUCUUGCAGCUGUCUGGCUGCUAACACCAUAUCAAUAGUUCUGUUUUCUUUAUUUGCAACCCCAUUGAAUUUCUGACCGGGUACCCUCCCUUCUAAAGAUGCAUAUAAAGUUGGUUUAGCGAGAUUUUAGGGGAGUAUUUAGCCUACAAUCGAGAACAACAGGUGGUACAUAUAUAUAUAUUAUAAAUAUAUAUAUUCGUUUUCUAACAAAUCUGUUUAGAAAUCUAAAACUGCACACUUCUUUCGUCUCUCCUUUCAUCAAAUCCUUUCUAAAACUUUGUUCAAGUUAUUUCCCAUGAACGCAACUAUUGACGAUUCGUUCUCCCUAUGCUCGGUGCUCUAGAAAAUUUAAAAAAAAUAUUUCUUGGUUUUAAGGGGAAUACUUUUUUCCAAGAAAUGAUAUUUGACUUUAAUUUAACACCACAAACAACCCAAAAACAACAAAGAACUUAAACACCACAAACACCACAGUCACAACAAACACCACGAACGUCUAAUGGCCCAUUGAGUAGGCUCAUUAUUAAUUAUACUGUGUUCCAAAAUAAUUUGGAUAAUUGUACAAGCCUGCAACUUUAUUAUAUUGUGUUUUACUUGCCAGGAUAGAUUUAAGAACUAUUUCUUCACUUUUAAUGGUUAUAUAAAAUAUAAUGAUUAAUUUUUACAAUGCAUUUCUUAGUUGGAGAGGUUACAUUGACCACAACACCGGACGAGAUUACCAUUGGACUGACCAAAACUCUCAACGUCGACUGUUCCUACAAGUUGGACGCCAACUCCAGCAUCAAUGGUUUGAUUGCGUUCUUCAUUUCACGAGCGAAGAAUGAGAGCAAUCCAGCUUCCGAGUACGAAGACAUAGCCUCCAUCAAUGUGUAUGCUAAGAAUGUUAGCAUCUUGACCUCUGAACCCGUUUCAGCCUCCGGUGUGAUAUCGAACAAUGGGGUAUCGCACAUCAACAUCAGUUGGACUGACCCGACAGCCCGGCAGAGUGGACUCUACAAGUGUGAUGUUCACGGCAUCGACGCCGUGGGUCAUACGAUAGUUCUCUCAGACUCUUCUCGUGUUACAACUAAAGAGCCAGGUCAAAAUGAACUUCUUGACAAGCUAGAAGAAAUGGACGGAAAACUCAUAACUAUGGAGCAGAAAUUUUUAGAACUUUACUCAAAAUUGAAUGAAGUCCCGAACACACCAGCCAGUCUUGUUGACGUCACACCGACACCUUGCACCCCAGCACCUUGCUGUGUACAAACGCACGCCUCGGGCGUGUGUAAUUUAGAGGAUUUCUUUUACCCAUAUAACCUCACCUACAACGGCCACGAUUACAACAUCCUCCGCGUGCCUGCGUGGGGAGGCCAUGAUGCCAUGGAACUGUGUCAGCGUGCCGGGUCAUACCUCGCGGAGAUUGAUGACCAAUCAGAAUAUCAAGCGGUGAGUGGAUUUUUGAUCGGUCAGUCGAAGGUGCAUCAUGUAGCCAUAGCAGGGCAGUACCAACAUGGGCAAUGGUACUACACGAGAUCUGGACAUCAAGUCGGAUUUAUGAAGUGGAAAAGUGGAGAACCCGACUAUCUUUAUCAGACACACUGCAUUACGCUGACGGAGAGUUCAAGCUGGAUGAUGGAACCGGCACCCUGCAAUGAAAACAUCAACCCACUUUAUGCCUUGUGUGAAUCUAGCGAGUCAUCACCCUUAGGUCGUUGAGUAGUGCUACAACAUGUCCCCAUCGUUACGUUAUUGAGUAGUGUUACAACUUGUCGUCAUCUUUACGUCGUAGAUUAGUGCUACAACUUGUUGUCCUCUUUACUCCGUAGAGUAGUGCUACAACAUGUCCCCAUCCUUACGUCGCUAUGUAGUGCUACAACAUGUCCCCAUCUUUACGUCGCUGAGUGAUGCUACAACUUGUUGUCAUCUUUACGUCGUUAAAUAGUGCUACAACUUGUCUUCAUCUUUAGGUCUUUAAAUAGUGCUACAACAUGUCCCCAUCGUGACGUCGUUGAUUGUUGCUACAACUUGUCAUCAUCCGUGUGUCGUUGAGCAGUGCUAAAAAUUGUCACCAUCUUUACGUCUUUGAGUAGUGCUAAGCGAUAUUUUCAUAUUUUACAAACAUUUAUUAUUCUGUCUUUUUGGAGAGAUUAUAAAAUAUGUUUUUAAAAAAAUAAUUUAAAAAGUAAUUAAAAAAGAAACACGAUUCUUCCCAUUUAAUUUUUUGUUGUUGCUAUUUUCCAAUAUUAUACAGUCGAACCAAUUUAUCUCGACCUCGGUUAACUCCCCAACCCUGAUAAGUCGACGUUUAUGGCGCGGAACCGCCAAAUUCUCUCUUUGUCUUAGCAUGUUCUCCUCGGUUAUGUCGAUUCUUCUAUGUCACCGAACCCUAAUAUCUCGAUCAAAAAAAGGAGCCACAUUUGCCACUUAACCUCGGUUAACUCGAUGCCCGUGACCAGUCGCCGGCUUUUGGGCUCCGCAAGAAGAAAUAGCAAACAAAAAAUAAACAAGUUUUUCAUAAUUAAAAAUAAUUGUUUAUUUCUCAAAUACAUGACUUGAAAUGUGUUUAGAAUGAACCUAGAAGUAAUUUAAAUAAAUAUGUUUUAUUUUGAGGUUAAAAAACCCGGUAGAGUCCAAAAUACAAAUGAACAUUAUUUGUUGAGUGCAAAACGUUGUCAUGGGCAGCCAAUCACAGGUCUCGUGCAUACUGGCUAUGCCGUGGUGCUACGUCAGAGCUUCAUUCAUAAGAGUUUGCCGUGUGCAAAAACUAUUAAACCGUUGGUCAGGGAAAGCUUUAAUUAAAUAGUCAUGUGCCAAAUUUGAAAGUUCAAAAUAAUUAGUCCCUAAAUAGUAUUUUAGUAAUGAGGGGAAGCGUUGCCUUAUAUUUAUAUAAACUAUGUAGUCAUUGCGCAUGACGCGAUCAGCAGGAUGAGGUCACAAAAUGUGGAGGCUUCUUCCAUCGUAUAAAAUAUCAAAUGAACUCAUAUUUUCAAAAUUCGUAGCUCAAUAAGUAUGACCGUUAAAAAGUUGAUUCUGGUUUCAUUUUUUUAAAAAUAAUUGUAACAUUUAAACAAU